GCCGCAUGAAGGAGCCAGGUCACGGAGCGAAGCUGCGCCGCAGCCCAACGAUCGGCGACUGCAAGCUGCCUGGAGGCUUUAUGAUCGAGGCGCGGUCGCUCUGCAGCAACGAUUCCCGCAAAGAUGUCAACCAAGAUACGUUUCUCAUGGACGACGCACUGGGCGUCCUUGGCAUCUUCGACGGCCAUGGCGUGUACGGCGAGCUCUACUCAUCCAAGGCCAAAUCGCUCGUCCAGGCGUACCUCCAACAAAAGUCCGACUUUGAUGUUCCACGUGCGCUCUCGGGCGCAUUCCUGCGAGCGCACCUGCACCUCGUCGACGCCAUUGCGCAAGACCGCAACAGCGGCACGACCGCGCUCGUCGCUGCCAUCACCCCCACGCGCUUCUACUUUGCCAACGCCGGCGACUGCCGGGCCAUCGUACUCGAAGACGACCCGUCCGGCUCGGUGCUUGUGCAUCAAGUGACCACGGACCACACGCUGCACAACCUCGACGAGCGCAUGCGCGUGCUAGACUUAGGGCUGCCUUUCCGGGCCCUGGGCGAUGGCCGCAUCGUCGUUUCACACCCAACGAAAUCGGUGGCCCUUGAAGUCCCGUGUUGGCGCACUGAGUGAACGUAGAUGACGCAAACGCCGAGCCGGAGCCUCGGGGACACGCACCUCUUGCCCCGCAAUGGCGCGUGCGCCGUGCCCGAGAUCUCGCAAUUGGAGCUCACGCCGCAGUUCCGCUGGCUCGUCCUCGCCUCCGACGGCGUCUUUGACGAGCUCACAAACGAGGACGUGGCAGCGAUCCUCUCGUACUGCAACGACCCGGACACGGCGUGUACCGAGAUCAUCCUCGCUGCGCAGACCGAGUGCGAGCGCAAGGGGAUUACGCACGAUGACAUCACCUGUGUGUGCGUCAUGCGUGCAUGACGCGACUCGAAGCGUUUGCAACACGUUAUAACAGACAAUAAGACAAUAAGAUCACAUUGCAUUUAGCAGCGUAGA